GGAAAUUUACUUAUUACAAAUGUUAACUUUUUAAAGCAAUUGAUAAUACCAUUCAAAUUAUUUGAAGUGAAGUUUAGUGUGUGCUGAAUUCUUAGCAUUACUGAUCAUUAGAAUCUUCACUGGUGCCUGACUAUCUAUCAUUUGCCCUUUAUCAACUUGUUAUGUCGGCUGAAGUUCAAAUCCAAAGUUACAUGAACUACUGAUUAAUUAAUAUAUUUUAACGAAAUUUUUCGAUAAAAUCCUGUUAAACAUUGAAAUAUUCAGAGACUAUCUUCUACUGACAAUGGAAUAAGGAUUGAUUUCCUUGGUGUCAGAUAUCCCCUGUAUUUAUCAUGUUCAUCAGUAGUGAAGUGGCUAAUGCGUGACUAAUUUACACAUAGCUGCUAACUUGUGAAAGCUUGCCAGUACUUUGACGCUUGACAACAACUCAUAGUGGAUAUGAAUUCUCAGGAGAUAAAUUUUGCUGAAACACCAAAAAAUAUACUUUUCCAGUGUCAAUUGCUUAAACAAAAUUAUUCAUAUAUACAAAAUUUACGAUGUCUAUCGUCAAGUGUAAUCGGUGUCAUCGUUGGCUAUCUGUUGCCUGUAUGCAGUAUACCCUGUAUCCUGACUAACUUAUUCAUCGCUAUUACUGUGAUGUUCAAAUGGAGAACAGCGGCACGCCAGUUGAUUUAUAUUUCUGGAAUUUGCCUAUCCAGUGCUACAGCUGAUGUCUUUUUCAUAUGGUUAUGGCAAUACCCCGCCUAUGGUUUACCGUAUACAACAAACGGGGCAAAAUUUUUCACCUUUUUGAACGUUUCCCCAACAGCUUGUCGUUUCCAUCGUUUUGUGUAUUCAUCGAGUGCAACACUCAUGUGUAAUAUGCGUAUCUGCUCUUCCCUAGAUAGAUGUUUAGCUAUUUAUGUACCAAUAAAAUUGAAAAAAUUUCAUCAUAAAUAUGCUUGGUUUGUUUACGGCGCUACAGCUUGUUUCAGUGCCCUGUUAAUGCUACCGUUAGCAACAGAAAUGGAUUGGAUUCCAUCGAAAUAUGGCGUACAAUGUUGGUUUCGAAACGCUAACACUCACCCCAACGCGAACAACAGCACUAACAUCUAUCUACAACUUCAUCAUGCCUUUUUAUCAAAUUUAGGACCAGUUCAAACUAUUCUCCUUAUAAUUAUCGACUUAGCCUUUGUGGUGAAAUUUCGUCGACAUCUUAAUAAGCAUAAAAGGCACAACACUACCACAACAGAUACAAAAAAAGAAACCAAAACGUUUAAUCGUUAUCGUCUGCUGUUUAUCUCAGCUGUGUCUUACACCCUAUUGGCUACAGUCCAGUGUAUAUUCCUGGCGCUGGCUCGUUUGAGCAGUGUUGAAAUCAUCAGUUUUGAAACUACCCUAGCCUACAAUAUGUCCGAUAUACUAUGGUAUUUAAAUAUUCUCAGGGAGGUUUUAGACUUUGUGAUUUAUCAGAAAUGCUUUCGAAUAUUUAAUAUUAUUGUCGUGAAAGUGUCUGUUAUUUGUUGCCGGCCUACACUGAGCACUCGGUCAGGUAAUCUUUUCACUAGAACUGAAAUGACUACGGAGUAAACUGUUUUAUAACACUGUUAUUGAUUAUAUAUUCUAAUGUGAAAUUUGUGUAGAGAAAUUCGUUUAUUAAUGGUGUGUUUAAUUUGAUUUGAUUCGAUAUGGUAUGAUAGAUACAUUUCUUGUCUUUAUUUUUGUUUUAGAUAUUUUCUAUUUAUUUACGAUUAUAUUUCUAGGGUUGAAAGAUGUGUGUUCUGUUCAAUCGAUUACUACAUGAUUUUGCUAUAUGAUUUUGUAUUCUGUUUAGUGAACUCUGUUCAUUUUAAACACGAUUGACUUUGAGAUA